AUGGCAGAGAAGCGAGUAGCCGUCAUUGGAGCUGGUCCUAGUGGCCUAGCCGCUGCUCGGUGAGUCAUUUUUAGAUAAGGGUAGAAUAUGAUUUUUUGCUUAGAAGAAAGAUAUGAUUCUUGUCUUACAAAUAAGAUGAGAUUUUGCUAUGAAUUCAAACAUUUCAGCCAAGCCAUAGCGCACAAUGUAACACCAGUCGUCUUUGAACAACGAGAUGUCAUUGGUGGUCGAUGGAGUUAUGCUCGAGAUCCUAAAUGUAAGUUGCUUCUCUUAGAUUGAUAGACGUUAAUAUGACACAUUUUAUACUACACCCUACCCUAUUCGCCUCUACCUUACCCUACCCUACCCUACCCUACCCUACCCUACCCUACCCUACCCUACCCUACCCUACUCUACCCUACCCUACCCUACCCUACCCUACCCUAUCCUAUUUUACCCUACCCUAUCCUACCCUACCCUAUCCUAUCCUAUUUUACCCUACCUUAUCCUACCCUACCCUACCCUACCCUACCCUAUCCUACCCUACCCUACCCUACCCUACUCCUACCAUACUUUUUGCUCUUCCGUGUGAUCUGUUUUUUGCUUUACCCCUGCCUUACUGUAUGCCAUACCAUAAGCAUCGUAUUACUUUAAUGUAUGGUGCUCUACUCUGCCUCUUCCUAUACUGUGUCUAUACCCUAUUGUACACUAUCUAUAUUCGCCUUUCUUCUUGAUUAUUUUUGGCUUUUUUAAAGUUUUCUUACUGUACUUUUAAAAUUUAAAAAUUAAUUCCAAAACAUUUUAUUCUAAUAAUUCGUAUUUUACAAUCCUUUUUUAGAUAUUACUCAUCUACCUUCUACAAAAACCAAAUAUUCAAAAAUAUUGUCAUCCUUUAGUGACUUUCCUGCUUCAGAAGAAUAUUCAGAGUUUUUAACCCAGCCAGAAGUUGAAAAGUAUCUUCAAAGUUAUGUUGAUAACUUUAAUCUACAACAAUAUAUUCAACUGAAUACUACUGUAACUGGCAUAAAAAGGCAUGAAAACUACAGUGAAAAUGGAGUAUGGCUGGUUUCUUAUGAACGGUAAGAGUAGAGUACGGUAAUAUAGGACAGAGUAAGACAGAGCAGAGUAAGAUGAGGUAAGGCAGGGUAAGAUAGGGCAGGGUAAGGUAAAGUAAGGCAGGGUAAAAUAGGGCAGGGUAAGGUAAAGUAAGGCAGGGCAAGAUAGGGCAGUAUAAGAUAAGACAUAGUUAGAUAGAGUAGGGGAGGGUAAAAUGAAGUAAGGCAGGGUAAGAUGAAGUAAUACAGGAUGAGGUAGGGUAGGAUGAGAUAGAGCAGGGUAAGAUAGGACACGAGAGAAUAUAACAGAGCAAGCUAAAAUAAGGCAAGGCAGGGCAGGGUAAGAUUGGGUAGGGUAGGGUAGGAUAGGAUAGAGUAGGGUAGGGUAGGGUAGGGUAGGGUAGGGUAGGGUAGGGUAGGGUAGGGUAGGGUAGGGUAGGGUAGGGUAAAAUGAAAAAGUUUACUUCUAGUGAUGGCAGUGAUAAAGUUGAAGAAUUUGAAUACGUUUUGAUAGCGACCGGCAGAACUCAUCGUGCUUACAGGCCGAAUCUUUAUCGAAAAGAGGGCGAAUUUCAGGUAUUUUGUGACAUUUUUUUAAAUUUUGAGAAUUUUUUUUUUCACUUUUUUAAUGUAAUACUUACCUGGCUAUUCGUUACAGGGUAGAAUAAGUCAUUCAGCUCAAUAUAAAUCAAGCUCCGACUUCAAAAACCAGAAAGUUGUGUUAGUUGGCUUCGGAGACACGGCGAUUGAAUUGGCUAAGGAUUUGGCUGGAGUGGCCAAAGACGUAAGUGUUUUAUAUUUCUCGGUUGCUAAAGGUCUGUAGAAUCUUAUCAUUAGACUAAUUUAAAAAAAAGUUUUAAAUUUUAUGUGUUUUGGUUUGUUAAACAGUCUCAACACCUUAUUUUAGGGGUCUUUUGACUGUUUUUCACUAUUUUUUUCAAUUAAAAAAAUUUUUUAAUGUUUUUUAUAAAAGCUGUUGUGUUAAUUAGAUCUUAAUGCCUAUUUACAAUAUAAUAAUGAUGAGUUUACGCACAUUUACUUUUGUAUUUUAGUUGUUUUAGCUUUUAAAACUUGCAAAACACCUAAUUUUUGAGCAUUUUUGACAUUAUUUUUCAUUUUUCUGCCAUUUUUAAUUGAUAGUCUUUUACAAUAUUAUUGUUUUUAUAUAAUCCAAGCAUUGUAAAUUUCAAUACGAUAACAUUUUGUCUAUCUUCUUUUAUUUUUAUAAUGUUUUAGCCAUUUAAACUUGUCAAACACCUAAUUAUUAGCCAUUUUUGAUCUUAUUUUUCAUUUCCCUGCCAUUUUAAAUCAACCCCAAAUCUCAAAUUCCACUUUCAGGUAAUAAUAUGUGUCCGCCACGGUGAAUGGCUCAACUUUCGCACAAAUUCAGCAACCAAUACCGCCUGGGACCCAAAUUACAACAGCCGGUUGUCAGCAGCGGUCCGAAAGUUUGUGCCGACUCAAAUUUUGAACAAAAUUUACGAAAAAAGUAGUAAAAGCCAGUUAGAUUUAAAAAACUACGGUAUUUUGGAUUGUAAAUUUGGCUACUGGAACACUAUACCAGUUUUUGGCGAUGGGUUGAGAGAGUGUUUGGAACGAGGAGACGUUAGGCUGGAAAAGGACUUUUUGAGUUUUGGAACUGAUUAUAUUGAGUAUGAGGGCAAGAAAGUUGAGGAAAAUGUUGAUCAGGUAUUGUAUUUUUGAUUAUUUUAAAAUUUUAGUAAGGACAUGUUUUAUCGUAUAACAUGUCGCUUUUGCACAAUUAUUAAGAUUUCUUGAUGUUUUUUUGAAAAGAUAAGUUUAUGUAGGGCUUAUACGGACUAAAAACGUAAUUUUCCUGACUUUCUUAUCAUUUUAGGUAAUAUUCUGCACAGGCUACGAAUUCGACUUUCGACUGGUCGAAAACGGCACGUUAAUCCGAGUCCGAAACAAUGAUUCUCAACUCUACCUUCAUAUGUUCCACGCCGAACUGCCAAAAGGCAAUCUGGCCGUGAUAGGCUUGGCCAAUUCUUUUGGGCCACGAUUUCCAAUUUCCGAGCUCCAGGCCAAGGUAUUCUUUGGUUUACAUUGCGGUAAAUGGCGACCACCGAGUGAACCUGUGAUGAGAGAAAGAGCCGAAUGGAAGAGAUGUCAAAUAUCUGUCAAUUACUUGAAAACUAGACGACAUACUCAAAUAGUACGUUGGGUUGGUCCAAAAGUUAUGUCCAUUUUCAGGAAGGCUACGUUGAUUUCAUGAAGGAAUUGGCUUCUAAAAUCGAUGUAGAUCUAAAAACGUCAAUGUUUAUCACCGACCCAUUAUUGGCUUUGAAGUGUUGUAUAUUACCAAUGUCUUCAGCACAGUUUCGGCUUGGAUCGAACAAUUCAAAAGAAGUUAGAGAGCAAUUAAUGAGGUUAACAUCGGAAAAUUCUGGUGUUUUAUGGGCAAUAUUAGCGGUUUUGGUGCUUGUUUUAGCUUAUUUUAUGCUUUUAUAG